CGAAGAAUUAGUUGCAAAGCGGCUUUCUUGCGGGGAACAUCGAGCUAUUCGAGGGACGGAAACCGAAACUAAAAACCAAACCGGAGAAGAUUGCCACGCGAAAAGAAAAAUUGGUGCUAAGACCCCGCAAAAAGAAAGAAAACCAUCCCCAUCACAAAAAAAACCGCAAAACUGCAGCAACAACAGAAAGAGAAAAGUGCACAAAACUCGCAUAAAAAAGAUACAAAGUUCCUAUUUAAGUGCCGGCCACUUAACACCGUUGAAUUAAGGCGAAUCGAAUCGAAUCGAGCGGAUCCAAGAUGCUCACCAGACAGCCCGACUACACCAUCUCCGAGCUGGGCCAUCCCAUUCACCAGUGGCCGGAUUCCACCCUCUGCGAAUCCCUCAAGAAACUGGACCACAGAAAGUUGCCAAGCUCCCCGCCUUCGCCACAUCGUCUCCUGCCUCUGAGGGAAACCCUGGACGAUUAUUUCAAGCGGUUGACGAUAAGGAACAGAGAAGAUUUAGAAGAUGAUCCCAUUUACCAGCAGAAACAGCGAAAGAAUCAGUGGAACGAACAGAAGCGAAAUCGCAAUCAAAAAUGUCGAGAUAAUGGAGAGUCCAGAGCAACAACAACAACGACGACGAUAGCGACUACCUGCGAUCUGAACAAUUUUUGAGAUUGGAACGAGGGGAAAUAAAAACUAUGGGGGAAGCAACCUAAGGCGGACUGAUUAAAUGUGCUAAAAUAAAACACCUUUUGCCUAGAUCAUUAAGAACAUUAAAUGAUAAGUAAAGAAAACAACCUAUAACCACGCAGUUAGCAUACGAAAAGAUUUUCAAAUGGAAUUUCAACGGCCCAUUAAAAUGUAAACAAAACGCAGAGAAGAGUAGUGAAUAGAAUAGAACCAAACUGAACAGAACAGGCUGGCAGCCAAAAAUGGUGGGGAGACAUUGGAGCAACCUUGAUCAUGAGCACGUCGUCAUGGGGCCAACAAAUUAAUGAUCGGACGUGCUUUCUUUAAAUGGCUAAACGCGUGCGAUCACAGAAGAUCUAAAUUCCCAGCGGAAGAAACCGCGAUCGUCUAAUGCUGAUGGAGUCCAAAGUUGUUUAAGGAGGAUGGCGAAAUGGGAAGAUAUACAAGCCUAGAAAUUAUCUCGAGUGGAGAUUGCAAGUUUUAAAAAGUUAUCUUGACAAGCAAGAUAAUAAUAAGUUUUGCUCUCGACAAACUAUUAUUUAUAUAAGGUAAAACAAAUUGAUAAAAAAAAACUCUCUUAAUUACGCAGUAUUGGAAAACUAGGGUUUUACAUUGAACAUUUUGAUUACCUAAUUUCAACUUUGAAGAACGUUUUACAAAAGCCAAUUUCAGAUAUGUAUGUAUAUAGUAAUGUUUUAAAUUUUUUAAAUGGAGAAUACUUAAUGCAUUUUUAGCUCCAUCCAAAACGGAAAUAAAUUGAAAUAAAGAAACAGCAAGUAUAGCUAAACAAUUAAACAGAACAAAUAACAUAUUUAAA